AUGUCUGGUGAAAGAAAAAUUGCAGUGGUUACUGGUACCAACAGUAAUUUGGGUUUGAAUAUUGUAUAUCGUUUGAUUGAGAAAGAAGAUCCUAAUAUUAACCUAACUAUUGUCGUUACAUCAAGGACAUUGCCUCGUGUUAGAGAAACAAUUGAUGAAAUUAAAAAAUUUGUUGAGAAACUUAAUCGUCCUGCUGAUGUUGAUUAUGAUUAUUUAUUAGUUGAUUUCACCAAUAUGAUUAGCGUUUUAAAUGCUUACAAUGAUUUGAAAAAAUAUAAAGCUAUUCAUUAUUUUUUUGCUAACUCUGCUUUGGCAUUAAAUGAAGGUAUUGACUGGGUGGCAGCUACAAAACAAUCUCUUACUGCGCCUUUAGAGGCCGUCACAAGUCCUAACUAUAGAAUACAAAAGGUUGGUGUAAAAUCAAAGGAUGGAAUGGGUAUGGUUUUCCAAGCUAAUGUAUUUGGUCCAUAUUAUUUAAUACAAAAAAUUCUGCCUCAGUUAUCGGCAGGUAAAGCUAAAAUUGUUUGGAUUUCAAGUUUAUUAUCAAAACCAGAAUAUUUAUCUUUUGAAGAUAUGCAAAUGAUUAAAUCUGAUAUAACUUACGAAGGUUCAAAGCGGUUAGUUGAUUUAUUACAUUCUGCUACAUACAAGGAUUUAGCUUCUCGUAGUAUUACACAAUAUCUUGUCCAACCUGGUAUUUUCCAAAGUAAUUCAUUCAAUCAAUUUCUAAAUGUUUUCACCUACUAUGGUAUGCUAUUAAUGUUUUACUUAGCAAGAUAUUUGGGAUCUGUCUGGCAUAAUAUUGAUGGUUACAGAGCUGCCAAUUCACCAGUUUAUGUCGCAACCCUUUCAGAUGACACUAUCAAGGAUCAAAUGUUGAAAUAUGGCUCGGCAACAUCUUGGGAUGGAAAUGGGUUUAUUAAAACUCAAGAAAUUGAUACUACUGGUGCAGAAGAUGUGCGUAAAUAUAUUGAAGACUUAAAAUUGGAAUGGGAUGAAAAAUUAAAGGACCAAAUUGUCAAUACUAGAAUUCCAAUUUAA